AUGAAAAAUCAGAAAAUGAAGAAAAUACUAGGUGCGUCAGGUGCAGUGCUUAUUUUCUUUGUUGCAGCGUGCAGAGGAAGUGGAAAUGCCUUUAAGAGAGAGGCGUGCAGCAGCGUAGAUUUACACGCGAGAGAAAGUAGCGAAGAAAAAGAAAUAUUAGACCUAGGCAACUCAUCUUUCUUUGAUUUGCAGCCUGUGAGCAACAGCAGGCUCUGGAAUGGGCAUGCUCCAGAUAACAGAGGGAACAGUGCAGCCCGAGAAGUCCAGUCUGGGCAGUAUGCAGCAGGGUAUAGCAUGUACGAGAAUGCCUCUAGCAUGCUGCAUAAUAUGCCUGGUACGUCAAGAGGCCAGGAUGCAUACAUGCCCAGCAUUGAAGGCUUAUACUAUUCUUCAGCCAUUCAAACGCCUGUCUUUGUGGGUAGCCUAGGAUACAAUGGGUAUAGCGGGCAAAGUUCUAGCACAGUUGUUAAAACGGAAUAUCCGCAUGCUGAGCCAAAUAUGUUUGCACUAGAGUCUAGCAUUCUUGGCUAUUCCUUCGAUCCAAUGUAUGGCAUGCCUAGUACAUCGAGACAGGAAGACAGAAUGAGUGGUUCAGAUCUUUUUCCUGCUAACUCUUAUGCGUACAACACGACUCAGGAUGAGUACAAGUACUUUGAAGGGCAUGAAAGAACAGGGCAUUCCAGGCAGCAGCCGCAUGUAGUAUAUCCCAGUGUAAGUGUGAGUGUUUUCAAUGGAGCAGAAAAUGCCGUUGAUUUUCAGAGAAGUAGAGACAGAAUGGCCAAUGAAAGAGGAUCAGAUCUUGACAGCAUUGAGGUGGAUAAGAGCAGCUCUAUAUACGAUCUGUCAAAGCCGAUAGAUGCAUUUGUGGAUAUGUACCACCUGCCAGCACUUUCUGUAGAAGAGCCUGGUGCGAGCAGCACUGUUUCUACUCCUGCAGAGCCAACUAUCAGCAAUAGAACAGCUAGAACAGAAAAGAGAAAAGCUGAGCAAAUGAAUAGUGAAGUGCAAGCAUCUGCUCUUCAAAUGGCAUCAGAUGCAAAGAAGAAAAAGAAAGAAAACGCAUUGGAAAACAUGCCUAGUAGAGCAUCUUCUGAUUCACAAGAAGCUAGAGAAAAAGCAGAAAAAGACGAAAAGGAAGCAUUUCAUAUAUACAAAACAAUAGCACUUAAAAACAUGAGAAAAGCAAACAUAAAUAAGAUCAAAACCGAAGUAUGGAGCGAUAGAAGACUAACCAACAUACGAAGAAAAGGGUACAGAUCAAGGCACAAAACAGUGUACACUAUCGGCCCUUACGCCAAGCCCUACAUCCAAAACAUGGGACAUGAGUUUCACAAAGACAAGAUUAUGAGAGACAUAGAAAACUUUACUCGGGACUUUGCUUCACAGAUAAAGCAGAACGCACUGUGGUACUUCAUUGCAAGCACAACCACAAACAUAGCCACAAAGUAUCAAACUCUCCUGCAGCUGCAAGACAUGCUUGAGGAUGCAAGCGCGGGGGAGCACAAGAAAAUGCUGACGGAUCUUGAGGGAUACUAUCCUGGCGUGAUUAAGGACAUUCUAGCAUAUUCAGACAGCCACCAGCCGAUGCGGAUCAAAAAAAACAGCCUUCCAACUGAGUGGAAGGAAACGCUGGGCGACAUCUAUAUUCGGCAGACUCUGAAGAUAAACCACCACAUGGUAGAGUACCAGAGCAAGAUCUCCCAGAUGGAAAAGAAGUAUUCUGCGCUGGCAUAUGCCAUGCGAAUGAUUCUAACACUGCCCGAGGUGUACCAAGACUUUUCCACCAUCAGCGCAAAGCUAAUAAGAAAAACCAGGACUUCGAAAGACGUAUCCAGAAACAAAAAAAACUACCAAAUUCUGCUGGCUGUGCAAAAGCUGGUGCAGAUGCAUAUUGCAAAAACAGAAGAUGUUGCUGAUGUGUAUGAAGAGAUCUACAGUGUGCUUGAGAGUGCAUUCACUGAGGAAGCUCUGCUAAAGAUGAUGGUAGUUGAUCUGUACAGGGAAAUAUACAUAGUUCUUGGGAAUUUCUACGAGAACGUAGAAGUGCUGGACACGGAGAAUGAGUAUAUUCUGACGGGCAAGUGCACAAUAACAAACCACAAGUACAUGAAAUGCGAGGUAACAGCAGACGUAGCAUCAAGAGGCACGGACAAAAGAGUCUUGGCUUCGAACUAUUCCCUGGAAGAGAACAGAUGGGGCAUCUCGCCUAACAUAUGCACACACUAUCAUGUGUACUGUGUAGACAACACAACACAGCAGCUCAGAAAGAUUUGCAUGCCCAUGCACAUAGAUGAAAAUGAUGAAAAGCACUGUCUGCACACAAUUAACGACAUGGUGGAGCAUGUAAAGAAGCUGUAUGGGAUAGAAGAAAAAAGCGAUACUGUGUACCCGUUUAAAGUGCGCAAAGAAACUAGAGAGUGGACAUACAUCAAGAAAGGGGAGAGGAGCCUGACGGUGAAGGAGCUGGAAGAGUACGAAGUGGUGUUCUAUCGAAUUGAAGAAGACCUGAAAGGAGCAAAGUUUACAUUCGCAGAGUUCAGGUCUUUAUAUUCAGGUGCUGAGGAUAUUAUUCGCAUACCGCUGCUCCUUGCUCCUCUAAUGCGGUCUGCAAUCGAGCUGGGCCCUUUCGCUAUGAUGGGCAAGCAUAGCGUGGUAGACUCGAUAGAGUUUGAGAAGAAAGUGCCUGAUGUGUACGAAUACAAUAGAAAGUACCAGAACAACGAUUACUCGGAUGUGCACAAUUACUACAGCAAUCUGUACAUACCGCUCCACAAAAAGAAAAGCAUGGAGUGCUACGCGAUGGACUGCAAAGUGGCUACUGAAGGAAGCAGCGCUGCUACGGCUGUGUGGUAUGUGAGAAUGCCCAGCAGUGUGGAUGAGUACACGUGCUGCAUGCUGGAUGAAAGUUUCAAAGAAAAUAGACAUUUAAAAAGCUUCAAUGCUUUUAUUGCAACGAUAGAGUCAAGGGAGGGCAAUAAAGACAACGAACUGCAGGGAUUCUGGAUGCACAAUAACAAUGGAAAAGCAGACAGCGAGUCUAAAGAGUCGGCUCAAAGAGUGUACAUCUGGUUGGCAGAUGACUAUGAGCACAACAAGUUCGCAGAGCUAUACAGCAUAAGUGAGAUAGAGCUAAAACUAGGAAAUGAAAAGCACCGGCUCGGGGUAAAAGAAAGCGAGCAGCAGUUAUUGCUAGGGGUAAAUAGAGACAGCUCAUUGAAGGGCAUGAAGAAAAGAAACUCAGUAUCUUCUGCAAAAUACAAAACAAAGAUCAAAAUAGAAAGCCUGUGCCAGGCAAUGCGCAUAAAGCUGUCCAAAAAGCCGAGGCGGGAAGCAGAUUUUAUAGUGUUUCGAAAUGCAAAUGGAAGCAAUUCAAGCUUGGGAGCACACAACGAAAUUCUUGACUUUUUAAUUUCGUGCUACAACCACAAGCCCAUAAGAAACAACAACAUUUAA